UUUUGUUUUGGUCGACAGCACUUUAUUUUACCAGCUUUGCUAAAUUUCACAAUAAACACCCACAUUCAAAUCACUUAUUUUUAUUUUUAUAUCUAACACAAUGUCUACAAGUAAGGGUGGGGCAAAUGCCAAGCAGACGCAGCACGCAGGCGGUGACCAGCGGCGGACACACUUUGGGUCACUCAUUUUCUGCCCGACCUGCGGAAACCUCCUGGACAGUCCCGGUGACCAAGACCACAUUGUGUGCCACGCAUGCGGCGACGUGCAGGAGGGCGCUCAGUUUGAAGAAAACGAGACGACCUCUCGGUCUCACGACAACGCGUUCCCAUCGCGGCUGAAGAACAACAGGUCAUUGGUGCACGGCAUCGGCGAGUCUUCGGAGCGCGUCAAUGCACGUGUGGAGGAGCAAUGCCCGCAGUGCGAUAGCAACGAGAUGACAUUCUACACUAUGCAGAUGCGGUCGGCUGAUGAGGGCCAGACGGUGUUUUACUCUUGCGUCAAGUGCGGACAUGGUUUCUCAAUCAAGAAUUAGAGCAAGGGUGGGUGGUUUCUUUGUCUGGUGAGGAGUUUUCGUGAUUUUUGUAGCUGGUACUAAGAUUAAAUCAAAAAUAAAUUAGCGUAAUGCUGUGUGAUGCGAUUGGGGGUGGAAAUUUGGGUGGGCGGCAUUGAAAAGGAAAAAAAUUGCACGCAGG